AUGGCGGCGGCCGGGAGCGGCGGGAGCCGGGCGGACAACGGCUACGGCGGGCAGCAGGCGCGGCGCAGGAAGGGCCCGGGCGCGCUGGCCACGGGCUACCUUGUUAUCUACAACGUGGUGAUGACGGCGGGGUGGCUUGUUAUUGCAGUUGGUCUAGUUCGGGCAUAUCUGGCUAAAGGCAGCUACCACAGCCUUUACUAUUCAAUAGAAAAGCCCCUGAAAUUCUUCCAGACUGGAGCUUUGCUUGAGAUUCUGCACUGUGCACUUGGCAUUGUUCCCUCUUCUGUUGUUCUGACUGCUUUCCAAGUGAUGUCAAGGGUUUUCCUGACAUGGGCAGUAACACAUAGUGUAAAAGAGGUACAAACUGAAGACAGUGUCCUCUUGUUUGUAGUAGCUUGGACAAUCACCGAGAUAAUCCGUUACUCUUUUUACACGUUUAGCUUGUUAAACCAUCUCCCUUAUCUCAUCAAAUGGGCCAGGUACACUUUGUUUAUAGUAUUGUAUCCAAUGGGAGUGUCAGGCGAAUUACUCACAAUAUAUGCUGCAUUACCCUUCGUCAGGCAGUCUGGCUUGUAUUCCAUUAGUUUACCUAACAAGUACAAUUUUUCAUUUGACUACUAUACAUUCCUGAUCCUGGUCAUGAUCUCUUACAUUCCAAUCUUCCCUCAGCUGUAUUUCCAUAUGCUACAUCAGAGGCGAAAGGUACUCUCCCACACUGAAGAACAUAAGAAGUCGGAGUAAUUCCAACUCUUUUUCAGAACUUUUCAAACAUCAAAAUGCUGCAGUUUUUCAAUACCCAGCACAUUUGUAAAGAAUAUACCAAGAUAAGUCAGAGGUAAAAGACCAAUAAUUUAGCAAGAAUAACCAAUAAAUCUGAUUUCACUGAAAUUCCAGGAUGUCAAACAUUAAAAUAAUUUUCAGCUUGCAGUGCUUCAGAAAAAAACUUUAUAUGGCUUGGCAGUUAACCUUUUCCUUAAAUGAUGUGCUAAAUGGUUUUCAUUUAUUACUAAAUGCCUGAAGGUUGCAGUAUGAGUGAUGAAGUUGCAGCCACUAAAUGCCUGAAUUGGGAUUAUAUUACUGAUACCUCUUUUUUUUAAGUGCUUGACUGCAUGCCAGAAACUGUAUGUAUUGCUGUGAAAGCAAACAAUAUGCUCUGGAAUAUUUCAGGAUAAUGUCAGAGACUUCAGUGGAGAAUGUAAUCUGGGCAAAGUGCUUGAACUUGGAAAGGUAGGUUGUGUAUUUAAAAGGUGAUGGGAACAAGAACAAGAAGCCAGUUACAGAAAAUGAGGGGAAUGUGGUUGUUUAGGAAUUUAAACAGCACAGUGUCUGACCAGGGUGUGUUCUCUGAAGAUCUUGUUUAAGCUGAUUACCCAAAUGCUAAUGUUAAUUCCGAGGCUGUACUUCUUAUCUGAAACAUUAAAACACCCCCAAGUACUGCAUCCCUGAAUACUUUUUUUUAUGUAUUGGAAAAAAAAAAUUAAUAACUGUAACACUGCUAGUGGUAUCAGCCAGAAACAGGUGCAGUUCUCCCUUUUUUACUUUAUCAUCUCUAAUCACUGUCUGUGAUACUCAUCUUUCAGUGCUGAGGACUACUUGGUCUACUAUGAUCUACUGUGUUUGAGGGCCUUGUUCCUCAGCCUAACUUUUCUCAAGUGACUGAGGUCAUCACAGGCACAUCCAAGCAGGCAGUGCCAGGGACUCAACUUCUGAAGUGUUGCAAAGUCGUAAGAUGCUCCUUGCAAAGCAGAUUAUCUCACGUGUUACAUGCUGCUUUUUCAGACUGGGCAAGCCACCCUCAUCUGUUCUUUGGAAAGAGUGGAAGACCACAAAAAGUUAUAUUCUCCUAGGUGCUUUCUCUGGGUUCUCAGCUUUCCUUUUACCUUGGGAAGGUAAAAGGAAAAUGAAAGAGCUGAGAAAGCCUUGUGGUGAGGCAGAAAGCACUAAUGCUGUGUGAGCUGUGCCCCAAGUCUAGAAGAAACUUCAUUGGGACUAAAAAGGUGGGGAAUGGAAGGAACAAAGGGAGAAGGGAAAUGAACAGAAAUCCAAGCAGAGACAAAAGGAAAUGUAGGUUAUGGCUUUGUUCUGUUAGGAAUUGAUGGCCAAAUAGUCUUGUCUGCACCCAGUCAGAGACACUAGACAAGACUGCAUGGGCUUCUCUGGCUUCCCUCUUGUUACAUGAUUUAGUGCGUGCUACUUACAGUGCUGCCUCGUGCUGUGCCUGCCAGCACCUCCCCUGGACAUGGCCCAGUUGUGUUUGACACAUCCCAGCUCUCCCUAAACACAGCCAGGAAGUACUGAGGACACAGGCUCUCUGUUAUAGCACUUGGGAAGAGAUGGAUUUACAAUUAUUUAGGUUGAUGCUUGUCAGAGCUGUAUUUAAAAAAAAAAAACCUUGGCAUUUUUCAGUAAUUUUCUUUGGCUUCAUCAAAAGGACUGAAUUUUCCUAACUCUCACUGUAUAGAGCCUUUUGUGUUCAACACAAAUACGACUAUUACAAGCAGAGAGAGGCUAAGAGACAAUAAUAAUCUUUGCUUCUAUUGUCAACAUUUUGGAGCCAAUUAUUGACUGGAUUAAAAAAUACAGGAGGUUGUAGCAAGUUGGGUGUUGGUCUUUUCUCCCAAGUUACAAGCAAUAGGACUAGAGAAUACUGCCUCAUGUUGUGCCAAGGAAGGACUAAAUUGGAUAUUAAGAAAAAUUUCUUCAUGGAAAGGCUUGUCAAGCAUUGGAACAAGCUGCCCAGGGAAGUGGUAGAGUCACCAUCCCUGAAGGUAUUUAAAAGAGCUGUAGAGGUAGUGCUUAGGGGACAUGGUUUAGUGGGAUUUUGCAGUGUUAGGAUAAUGGUUGGACUCAAUCUUAGAGGUCUUUUCCAACCCAAACAAUUCUGUGAUUCUAUUACUGUGGCCAUAUACAACCUCAAAAUGUUUUGGAUUCAAAGAUGCAACAAUUCAAUUCAUUUCUGUAUUAGCUUAUGUGCUUUGUUGUAGUGAUCUGAGAAAUGUUAUAUUAUUCUGAACUCAGUGUUUGAAAGUGUAAACUUCAGCCUCUGGACAAAACAUCUCCUUUUGCUUAUACUUGCUAUUAAAGAAGUUAAUGUCAAUAUUUCUGAAGGAUGUCAUCUGAAAGAUCUGAUUUCCUGAUGUACUUAGGUUGCUGGAUAUUGUCAAUGCUCAGCUCCUGAACUUUUUUUAAUUUGAUUUCUGUGCCCAAAUAAAAGAUUUGGUUUCAAAUUUGUUGGUCCAAUUUGGAGGAAAAAAAUGGCUGUGUAAUACUCCUACAUGAAACAAACUCCUGGCUCUGUUGAUGAGAAAGGUACAGUACAAUCUACAGUGGAUAGCACUGGCACCAUGGAAAAGCAGAGCAAGCUGCCAGCAGGGAGAAAGCUUGUACAACCAAUGCCUUUACUGAAUAGGCUUUAUUGUGGAAUAUUUAAUUGAAAAUACUGAUUUAUCACACAAAUGCAAAUAAACUACAGUCUUUUAAAAGAAAGUGGAGUUACUUUUCCUUUCAAAAGGAAAAGAAAUUGCUUUCACAGUAAGAAUUCAUACCAGUAAAGCUGAUUUAUAAAUUAUAGUCUGAAAUAUGAACUUGCAGUUACUGUGUACAAAAAUUCAGUGCUUCAUCUUGCAGUGCUUUUUCAAGUUUACCUUCUGUGGAAGUCACUGGAAGGUGAUCUUGAGAGAGAACUGUGCGAUGCCUUAAUACUGUUCAGGUUGUUCCCUAAUACUGACUUUGCUGACACGUGGGUUUCUCCUCCUCAUAAAAGAAGUAGUUUCUCCUCAUCUGUCACUGAAAUUGUGAAGUGGUUUCUGUGAACUCUGUAACAGAAGCUUUGACUGGUACUGUGUCACAAAUGCAGAGGGUUUUAUUUUCCCCACAGACUGUUUACUUGGCUUGCAUGUUCUCUAUCAGCAUAUCCAAACCAGCAGGCCUUCCCUGCUUCAGUACUCUCUGUUGUGUGCACUGGUUCAGUUGACAACACUUUAUGUUCUACCAUGCCAGCUCUGAGUUAGUCACUACCCUCCAAAAGACCAAGGUUUUCACCAGUGUGUAGUUUACAACUGGAAUUGUAGAAAUGUUCAUAUUGUAAAUUACAGUAAGAUGCAGGUCACGGUGCAAGUAAAUUGUAAUUUUUCACAAUGUGAUGUUUUUAAUCAGAGGGUUUUUUCUUAACAUUCUGAAGGUUGGCAUUUGUGUGGACCAAUCUGCAGUGUCAUUUUAAAACCUAUCUUUCAGCUUAAAAUUUUCAUGAGUAUACAUCAAAUCAUGUAUUUUGAUGUAUAUGUCAGUGAAACUUGGGUGAAAACUAUAUACAGUCAUUUUUGUAUUUUUUUCUAUGUUGUGAAGAAUAAAAUUGUAAUUUUAUAAGUCUGAUUCACUAAGAUUAUUCUAAGUUAAAUGUAUUUUUUGUAUAUUUAGGAAUCUGGUAUUACCUGGAGCUCUGAAAGACUAAGCGUAGAUUUUUUUAUGCAUGGUUGAAAGAUAUUUCAACUUGAUAAUGCAGUGAAAUGGUUUGUAUGCUAAAAUACUAGUCCAUGUUUUUGCCUUGUGAAAUUGAUUCUGUGCUCUCUGCCUGGAUUUGGCCUACUGAUCAGUGAUACUAAUUGCUAUAAUCCAAAUAAAAUAAUUCUGAACAAAAUAUGUUGUAUUGUUACUGUUUAAGGAACAAAAGCAGAUACUUUACAAAUGUAAGUUAGGGCUGUAUUUUUAUUAAUUUGUAUACAAUGUGUACCUUUUAAUUUACAAGUUCUUUUAGCAUAUGUAACUCUGGAGCUCAGACAAAAGAAUAAAGAAACUUCAUACUGUUA